CAGCAUGCCGUGUGCUUUGCAUCCUUUCCAGUAGAUAGAUAGUGAAGGCUAGUGUAAGGAAGCUCAGUGUUCCCAUAUGGGCAAUUAUUGUGCAGGAAAUUGAACGUGAAAUCUUUGAAUAAUCAUGGAUCUAAAGUGUAGAUGGAGCCGACAAUGGUGAAGCAAAUUGCAGUGAGAAAUUCCAAUUACUGUUAAUGGAAUGCAGCCGUUUGAACUGCUCGUGUUGGUGGGGAAUAUUAAGCUCUGACUUGAAACAGGACCGAUUCACCCAGGCCAGGGAACAGGAAGGUGACCCGAGAAGAAAUGUCAUCCACUGGGGAGUGACGGGGGAGCCAUGAAUGCUGUGAAAUGCUCAGAGAUCUGCCACAACGCUCCAUGGGACAGACAGCAUCCUGGUCUCCCACAGAGGGCCACACAUGCUGGUAGAGAAGCUGGACAACAGACAGACAGGCCAGAUCAAAAACUGAGGAAAUUGAUAAAUGAAGGCAAAAAUGUGCUACAGUUAAGACUUCAGCAGAGGAGGACACGAGAGCAGCUGGCAGACCAGGGCAUCAUGCCUCUGAACCAUGGCAAGUUCCCCAAGCAGGAGGAUUCAUAUGCAUUUGAAGACAGCAGCAGUGAGAGUCUGUCUCCGGAGCUGCACCACAGUGACGAGUCGCAGGGCUCAGCCUGCCCUUCAUCUGACGCUGUUGGCAGUACGGCCUCCUCCUCCUCUUCACCUGCCCUUACCAGCCCACGACAGGGUGGUGCAACAAGAGACCCACCAGACCAAAACCAAGACGAAGGGCUGUCUGCUCCUAACCCCAACCAGGCAGCUCCCCCAAUACCAGUUACUGCAAUAGUCAAGUCCAAGACGUCGGACAAGAACCGACAUAAGAAGCCCAAAGAUGUGAAGCCAAAAGUGAAGAAACUUAAGUACCACCAGUACAUUCCUCCAGACCAAAAGGUGGAGAAGUCCCCUCCACCCAUGGACUCAGCCUAUGCCCGACUUCUGCAGCAACAGCAGCUCUUCCUGCAGCUUCAGAUCCUCAGCCAGCAGAAACAUACUCAUACACAUCCACAGAUGCACCAACAGCAACAUACACACUCCAUGCAGACCCAUGCCCAGCAGAGACAGUCCACCUUUAACUACCAGCCUCAGCUGCCAGCCAGUACCCAGAAGGGCAACAACAAGCAAUUACCAGUUUGUGCUUCCAGUGGUCCUUCCAGUAACUCAAACAGCAACUCCUCUUCUCCCGUCAAGAACACAUUUUCCAACCAAAACAACGUCUCACCUGUGAAAGUUGGUCCACUACCCACAAAUCUGGAUGACCUUAAAGUUUCUGAGCUCAGGCAGCACUUGCGCAUUCGUGGCAUGCCUGUCUCAGGGACCAAAAUGGCCCUCAUAGAGCGACUCCGGCCCUUCAAGGACUCCAAUGCAGACUCCUCACCAUCAGGAUCCUCUGACAUCACCACCUUGACUUUUCCAGUCACACCCACAGGCUCCCUAUCUUCCUACCAGUCCCCAUCCUCCUCCAGCAAUCUGUCGCAGGGAGGAUACUACCCCUUCCCCAGCACCUCUUCCACCCCGCCCAUCUCCCCAGCAUCCUCAGAUCUGUCUCUCAGUGGCUCCCUGCCGGACAGCUUCAGCGAUGUACCAAUGUCCUCUCCAAACCAGUUCAACCUUCAGCCAUCCCCGACCCAGAUUGGCAUAGAGGACGGCCUAGGUGCAGGUGGAGAAGGAGGUGCCAGGGUGUGUGGGGGAAACCAGAGAGUAGGGGAGGGUGGAGGAAAUAAUGGUCUGGAAGCAGAAAAAGAUAAGAUGUUGGUGGAAAAGCAGAGGGUCAUUGAAGAGCUGACAUGGAAAUUGCACCAGGAGCAGAGACAGGUUGAAGAACUGAAGAUGCAACUUCACAAGAGGAAACGAUGCUAUGGAGCAACUGAGGACAUUGUCCCUCCUCCAUCUCACACCUCAAUGCUCCACCAGCAGCAUGCCACAACUAUGAUGGGCCCACAUUGUCUAGGGGUAACAAUCAAGCAAGAGCCUAUGUCCUUGUCCUCUAGCUGCCCCCUGUCCUCUUCUAAGCAGCUUAAGAGCCCUCCUGGUAGCUGCAUGGAGGAUAUGGGGUGCUGCAACAACCCCAUACCAAAUAUGGGUGGCCCUAGUGGGCCACAAUGCAUGGACACAGACCCUUCCUCUGCCAGCCCUUCCACCAUGUCAGCCUUUUUGAGCCCGCAAUGUUCCCCGCAAGAUUCUCCCAUCGGAAAACCCACCUGCAGUUCCCAGCCUUCAUCUCCUAAUAGCCCCUACCUGUUGUCUCCUCUGCUGGGAAGAGACAGCUGUGGACACCCCCAGGGACAAAGCAGAGGUCACAAUAUGCAGGUGCAGCAGAGGAGCGGCAGCCAGCAGUUAAACUGCUCUUACCCUUCAGACCAAAGAAGCCUUCAGGCUGUAUUUUCCAGCUCAGCUGACUGUGGUCUUAACCACAGCAGCCCUAUUAAGGCCGAGAGUCAGAAUAUGCAACCAAAGAUGUCAGCAUUGCCUUCUUCCCGGCAUGUUGGCCAAAAGUGCCAGGUCUCCCCCCCUGCCGUCAGUAGCUCAGAUUCAGAUGCAUCUGACUUAAGACAGCCCCCAUGCUAUGAGGAUGCAGUCAAGCAGCAACAGACCCGCAGUCAGCAGAUGGAUGAACUGUUGGAUGUGCUCAUCGAAAGUGGAGAGAUGCCAGCUAACGCAAGAGAAGAGAGGGAGAAGUCCUCUGUAACACAAGUUGUGCCUCACAUUACUGUGUCCCCAGGGUGUCCCGGCCUACUCAUCCCAAGGUUCCACUGGCACUACGAGCACCUGUCCCCUAACCAGCUCCCCCACGACCAUGCAGCCAAUCACGCCGCCGAGAGCCACCUGCAGACUCUGCUAGGCAGUCCUAUUGGACGGGGAGGGGAGAUGGCUCUUCUUAAAAUGGCUGCCGAGGACAGAGUCCAGGAAGACGAAGGGAACAGAGAUGCCGAAGAGUACGGCAGCCUCCACAGCCACCACUGCCGCCCUCAACAUUCCCAACAGGACAAACUUCAGACCAACAGAGAUCGGUUAGACCCGCCUGUGUCACCUGUUAGCAGCAAGGUCUUUGCUGUCCCUGAGGUUCAGGGUAUGGUCAGCAUGGCCUACAGUGAGACGCCAUGGGAAACAAUGGAGUGGCUAGACCUAACGCCUCCCAGCUCUGCUACUGCCUUCAGCGCCUCUCAGCCCAGUGCGCCCAGCAUCUUUAACACAGAAUUCUUGGAUGUGACAGACAUUAACUUGAACUCUGCCAUGGACCUUCAACUCGAGCACUGGUGAAAGCAAUAGUGCCGACAACAAUACCAAAGAAGUAUCGAAUUCUUCCCUUACUGGCUUCAGUCCAAGUGUGAGAAGUCACUCUUUGCUGUCAUACAGUGAAUAUUAUUUUAUAUAGUCAUCUAAAGUGAGACGACCCAGUCAGAUGUCGUCCAGUGAAAUUUUAUCUUUAAUCUUAACUUUAAUGAACUUAUUUUCCACCAAUGUUGUCGUAACCAAAAAACCAGGUGCUUUUUAAUACAAUCUGUGUCCCUUUUAGACAUUGAUGCGCACAACUUUCAUGGAGUUGAGGACUAACCGUGGACACAUGUAGGAGUUUCUGUAUGCACCAUCAGUGUUACACCACGCAGACUUGAACACGGAAUGUUCCAAUCACUGCAUACCUACCUAUGUUUGUGUUACUGGAAAAAAGGAAGAAAAUUCCAAAAAUAAACCAACGAACAGAUCUGGAUUUCUAAUUAGCGGCCAACUUGUAAAUAUAAACCUUUUAAAAAAUUGUAACAUCUGCAUGUUGUUGUCAGUGGUGUGGGAGAGACUACAAACUGUUUAAUAUGACAGUUUCAUCACUUGAUGUAAAUAUGAUAUAAAAAACACUCACGGAGCACCUCUUGCUUAAUACACAUUUGUCACAGUUUGCUUGA